AGUGUCAAUUUCAUAGCGAUAAAAUUCUUGCGAUGUCUUUAUAUUUAAUAGCAUUCAAUACCGUUGUGAUCAUAUAAAAGCCUACAAUCGUAAUCGAAAUGUACUGUAAAAAAAAAUCUGAAUAUUUGAUCACAUUUCUGUCAUGUUAAAAAUGAAGGAAUAUCGUCGUACAAAUCGUCGUACAGAUCUCUAUAUUAACUACUGUUGAUUACUGUUACCAAACAAAUUUGAAACAAAUUUUAAAGUUUUACGAUAGACGAUAUUUGUUAUUAUCAUCUGUAAAUAAAUUUAAAAAAAAAAACAAAGUAGUAAAAAUAUAAAAUAUUUUUAAAAUCAAUUAAAAAAAAAAGAUAAUAAUAGAAAUAAAAAUUUAUCACUUCAUAAUAAAUAUAGCGUUUAAAUUUUGAGAAUUCUAUUUCAAUAUGUUCGUUUAUUUGGAAACAUUAGAGAUAAAAUUUUACGUGACGCGUUUUAUACUUUUUUUUCUUUUACAUAGAACGAACCACGAUUAAAUUUGAAUAAAAAGGAUCAGUCAUCGCGAACGCAUUAAUCACUUCUAACGAGUUUUUUUUAUACGACCUUCAUCGAGACAAAUAUAAAAAAUAAUACACGAUACUGUCGUUCAAAACAAUGAUCCAACACCACAACAAAAAAUGUUAAAAACAAGUUACUAAUACUCGCACGAUCAACAUGACACUGACAAUACACAUUUUCAUUUUCCCCUCUACGUACAAUAAAGGAUGAUGCUUCAUCCAUGAUGUACGCACUUAAGGGGACUUAUCGAAAGUUAACCUAUCAGCAUUGCCCACCAUCGAAAUUAAACUCCAGUUACCAUUCCGAUCGUUUGAACGAUAAAUAUUCACAUUCGGGACAAUAAUUUGGAAAAUAGAUGUAAUUUUGUUCGACUAUUUGCAGCUUCGGUCAUUUUAUUGUCCAAAUAUAUAUUCGUGAGUAAACGAUUAAACGUCGAACGAUAAUGGCUGAAGACAAGCGAUGGAAGGAAGGGCUAUCGCAUCGUAGAAUACGGUACUGAUGUUAGUUAAGGGCUUCGUACGAAUGGUGGCGCACAAAUCGGAUUCCCGACAAGACACGAGGAGGAUACUCGUAUUUCCACGACGCUUCUACGUCCAUGACCCGUGGCGAAGUCGGCACUCGUUCACGAUCGGAUCAGUACCAGCUGACUCGUUCGUCAGAAUGUUGGUGUGUGUUCUGUUAUUGCGUUUUUGAGGGCUGCCUCGUAUCAAGUGUUCUUUCGCCAUCAUUCUUGUGUCGGUUUGUGUACGCGAAGGCGAUACGAGAGGCGGUCAGAGUUUGAAUUGUGGAGCACGCGAGCACAGCCGAAAGUGAUUUCGGACUAUCGGCAUGCCGAGUAAUGCGGGACAUACGGCAGUGGUGCUCCGGUAGUGAUUGUGUUAUCGACGUGUCAUCAUCAUCGUCAACAUCGAGGACGAUCGACACGGAUCCAUUUCGUGGCCAGGAAUGUACGUAAUAUUUAUAAGACAUGCGUUCAACUGGCGGAGCUAUGAGGGGCGGGAAGUUCUUCAUCUUCAACAAGAAACUUCUCUGAGCGUGGUUCUUUCGUUCGCCGUCUGAAGAAGAAGCUGUGAGGGAGAAGAGGAAGAAGAGGGAGAAGGAGAAGGAGAAAAAAAAAAAGAAAGGGAAAAUACCUCCUCCCCCCUCCCUCCCCCAAGAAAAAGAAACGCAUAAGGAGAAGGAGUGGGCGUUUCCUUCUCUCGCGAAAAUUCAUUUUUUUAAUUCGUCUAAUUCGAAACGGGGAAACGGGGAAGGAUCGCAAAUAAAGAUCUUGGAAGUGGAAGAACUGUGGAAGAUCAAGGAUUGCGGUCUAUCCGCAACGCGGCGAGCAGCAGGAAGAGGAGAAUACGCGAACGAGGUCGUUCGGCAGUCAUUAAAGGCGGAUUGGCCGUGACCGCAGUUCAUCCUUCUUCUGUUUUACCGUUUUCUUUUUGCAUAAGAAGACGAAAAGUCGAGAUAAUAAAUCCCAGCGAAAUUUAUUCAUAUUUUUCGCUCGAGGUGGACCGAUUUUCUUCCCUUCUUUUCUUCUUCUUUUUUCCUUGCGAAAUAAUCGUAUUCAUGUGCGGAGGGGAGACGGUGGAGAGGCGGAAAGGUCUGGUUUGAAUCGGAUAUACCACCCACUCUCUCACUCUCUCUCUCUCUCUCUCUCUUUCUCUCACACACUCUCUCUCUCUGUUCUCGAAUCGAAUCGAAUCGAAUGAUCGAUCCUCCUCGGUCGGGAGAGAUCGAGGCAGGGGAGAAAAGGGUGGUUUGAACGGGCGACGACGUAACGCGACGAAGAGGUGUCGUCGUGGCACGUGGCGAUCGAUCGAUCGAUCGAUCGGGCGAAGGUGGAGGGGGAGGACGAAGGGAGAGGCGACAGGAGGAGGAGGAGGAGGAGGAGGAGGAGCAGGAAGGAAGGUAAUUCGGGGAAGGUUUGACGAUCUCGCCCCGUUCCUCGACCAAGGGCAGCGCCGCCGUGUUGUUGGCCGUGGCGAGAGGAUGGGGGGGACGAGGUGGCGGCGGUGGUCGCCGGUGAUGUUGCUGCUGUGCGCCGCUGUGUCGCUGGCCGCUUGCCAAUUCGAUGCAACUUGGAACACCGGCGCUCCCGCUCUCGACGAUGAUUACGACGAGAUUAGGAGAGGAUACGUGGCCGAUUACGGGAUCGAGGAGGCCGUCCUCGGGAAUGGACACCACCGCAAAAGGGACGAUCCCCGGGACCCGUUCUACGAGAGAAUCGGUUCCUACAGACGCAACAGGGCGAUUGAUUCCAGGUCGACGGAAGCGAACACGAAAUUGGCGGAGGAAGGCGGGCAACAAUCGAGGCUGUCCAAAUCGAGCGUGAAGUCGAGCGACUUGUCGGGCCGUGACAAGGUGACAAGGAAAUACAAAAAUGUGACGAUCGGCGAUGGGAUCUGUCAGAGUAUAGACAUACGGAACGCCGCGUCCGCGUUUGGAAUUAUGAAGGACUGCCGGGUGAUAGAGGGCUUCCUCCAGAUCGUCCUUCUCGAGAACAGCUCCGAGAGGGAUUUUCAACCGAUCAGUUUCCCUCUGCUCAGAGAGAUCACCGGAUAUCUCCUACUCUAUCGCGUCAACGGUUUGAAAACUUUGAGCAAUCUUUUCCCCAAUCUCGAGGUGAUCAGGGGAAACAUUUUGCUCACCGAUUACGCGUUCAUGGUUUACGAGAUGCAGAAUCUUCAAGAGAUCGGGCUGAAGAAACUUACCGAGAUCUCGAGGGGCAGCGUCCGGAUCGAGAAGAAUCCCGCCCUCUGCUACACCACCACCCUUAACUGGGACCUCAUCGUCUCCGCGGGGGAGAACGUGAUCAAGGACAACGGAGAGGAGGCCUCUUGCCCCGGAUGUUCCCACUGUCCUGCCGGUUAUUGUUGGACUUCCCAGUAUUGUCAGAGGAUGGAAAAACCGAGAUGUCACGAGCAGUGUCUGGGCGAGUGUCACGGCCCCACCGAGAGCAAGUGUUACGUUUGCAAGCAUUAUCGCCACGAGGGGAAAUGCGUCGAGACGUGCCCCGCCCAUCUAUAUUCCUAUCUCUCGAGGCGGUGCGUCACGAAAGACGAAUGCGUAAAGAUGAAUCGUCUGAGGAGAGUGUACUACGUUCUGGAGGAUGGCCUGGCAUGGAGACCGUUCAAUGGAUCGUGCGUGACUCAUUGCCCCGACGGAUACGAGGACGCCCUCGACGAAAACAACAUGACCACGUGUCGCGCUUGCAUGAACAGUUGCCGGAAGGUCGGGCACGGAGCUUUGAUCCGUCACAUAUCGGACGCCCAAAGUUUCCGGGGUAUAACGGUGGUGAAGGGGGCGCUCGAGUUCCAGAUACGAAACGGUAACCCGAACAUAAUGAACGAGUUGAGCGAGGCGUUCGGCCGGAUCGAGGAGAUAACCGAGUACGUGAAGAUCACCCAUUCGUUCCCGAUCACCUCGCUGAGCUUCUUCAAGAGGUUGAGGGUGAUCAAGGGCGAGCAGCUGGACAUAAACAACGCGAGCCUUUCCGUGCUCGACAAUCCGAAUCUGUCGAGCCUGUUCCCGCCCGAGCAGGAGAUCAGGAUCGAGAACGGCCGUCUGUUCUUCCAUUACAACCCGAAACUCUGCCUGUCCAAGAUCGUGCAGUUCAGCAAAAUGGUGAACAUCUCCAACUUCACGGAUCUCGAGGUCCAACCCCAGUCGAACGGGGAGAAGGUCGCGUGCAACAUAGUGAACAUAAACAUAACGGUGAAGAAUCUCGGCCCCGAUUACGCGGACCUGAUGUGGGACAGUUACAAGGCGCCCGAGGGGCAACAGUUGCUCAGCUAUCUGUUGAAUUACAUCGAGACCGAGAACGAGAACAUCACUUACGAGAUGAACGCCUGCGGCGGGAACAACACGUGGCAGAUACUCGACGUGGACAUACCUAGAUGGACGUCGCCCGUUUCCAAGCACAUCGCCAAUUUGAAACCGUACACGAUGUACGCCGUUUACGUGAAAACGUUCAACUCGAGGACAACGAAUUUCUUCGUGAACCCGAACGAGGUCGGCCAGUCGAGGAUCAUCUUCUUCAGGACCAAGAGCACCAUACCAUCCCCCCCUAUGAACGUGAUCUCGGGCCCGUACAGCGACACCGAGAUCCUCGUCAAGUGGGAGCCACCCUUGUUCCCAAACGGGCCCAUAGGAUACUACAUGCUAUCCGCCACCAUGAUCCGGGAGGACGAGGGUUUGAUCUCGUCCAGGGAUUACUGCAACGACACGUUGGAGAACGAGCUGGACGCGGAGGAGAGGACGGUGGUGGUGCCCGAUGUGACGGUGAAGACGCCCGUCGCGAGCAGGGGCGGCGUCUCGUGUUGCUCCAAGAACCCGGGCCGGAGCGUGGUCACGUCCAAGAAAUUCGAGAUAUUCUGCCACGAGAACACCACCAUCAGCUACAUAUCCCCCGGUUGGAAGGAUUACUGCGUGUACAACAACUACAACGCGGUCGACAACCGGUUCUACGAGUUGGCCAACAACCUGUCCACCCCCAGGCCGGAGGACGACAAAGUGGACGCGUCCAGACCGAGCAACGACAACAACAACGACGACGACGACGACGACAAUAAUAAAGUGGUGGUGGUGGACAAGGACGCGGUCAUGUACAACGUGAGCGGGCGAAACAAUUCGUACGUGAUCAACGAUCUGCGCCAUUACUCCCGCUACAUAGUGACCAUAGCAGCGUGCGGCGUCAAGGUGGACGAGUCGAACAUGUGCUCGUCGAUCCAGUACACGCACGCGAGGACGAGGAAGCGUGGCCGCGCCGACGACGUGGGCAACGUGAGGGUGAGGGUGACCAACAACACGAUAGUGGAGGUGUUCUGGGACCUGGUCAAAGAUCCCAACGCCCUCACCGUCUCGUACACCAUCGAGUACACGAAUCUGGACGUGAAGGACGCGAAGAAGAGCACCGAGUGCAUCCCCCGGACGAGCCAGCCCCGUACCGACACGGGCAGUUACCUGAUCAAGAAUCUGAGCCCUGGCAAGUACAGCCUUCGAAUGAGGUCCACCUCGUUGGCCGGGGACGGCCGUUUCUCGGACGUCGUCCACUUCUCCAUAGACCUGACCGACUCGGCACCCGUCACGUUGGUCGCGUUGCUCGUGCUCUGCGUCCUGGCAAUGGCAUCGGUAGUGUUGUUCGUCGUGUGGAGGCAUCACCGGAAGAGGAAGAAUCAGGAGAGAUUGAUCGCGAGCGUGAACCCCGAUUACAUAGAGACGAAAUACGUGAUCGACGAGUGGGAGGUGCCCAGGGAGAGCGUGGAGAUCUCGAACGAGCUUGGGUUGGGGAAUUUCGGCAUGGUGUACAGGGGCGUGUACGACAAGAGCGUGCCGGUGGCCAUCAAGACGAUCUCGAAGACGGCCAGCCAGAGGGAGAAGAACGAGUUUCUGAACGAGGCGUCGGUGAUGAAGAACUUCUCCACGUUUCACAUAAUCAAACUGAUAGGAGUCGUCUCGAUCGAGAACCCACCGUUCGUCAUCAUGGAGCUGAUGGAGAACGGGGAUCUGAAGACGUAUCUUAGGCGGAUCCGCGACACCCGCCUCGUGCCGGACACGUGCAGGAUCAUGAGAAUGGCGGCCGAGAUAGCCGACGGGAUGGCCUAUUUGGAGUCGAAGAAGUACGUCCACCGGGACCUGGCUGCGCGCAAUUGCAUGGUCUCCAAGGACCUGGUGUGCAAGAUCGGCGACUUCGGGAUGGCGAGGGACGUGUACGAGACGGAUUACUACAAGAUAGGGAGGAAGGGCCUGCUCCCGAUCAGGUGGAUGGCGCCCGAGAACCUGUCGGACGGCGUGUUCACGUCCGACUCGGACGUGUGGUCGUUCGGCGUCGUGCUCUACGAGAUCCUCACCCUGGCCGAGAUCCCGUACCAGGGUUUCUCGAACGAGGAGGUGCUCAGCCACGUGUUGCACAAAGGGACGUUGAACGUGCCACGCGAUUGCCCCGAGAACAUUCAAAAGAUCAUGGAGAAGUGCUUCAAGUGGCGGCCCAGCGACCGUCCAACGUUCAUGGAGAUCGUGUCCGAGCUCGAGCCGUUCCUCGGCCAAGACUUCUACGAGAAGUCGUUCUACCACUCGAUGGAGGGCGUGGAGAGCCGCAACUCGGGCCUGAAGAAGCCCUACCAUCACGCAGCCCCUAUCAGAUUCCAUUGGGGCAACGAAACCGCCAGGUGGGUCAAGGAGUUCGAGGACAACGUCACGCUGUUGGACCAGACCAAGGCCGGGACCAGCAGGGCGCGCAUCUUCAAAAACGGUUUCCAGCACUUUGGUAACGUAACCGCCAACAUGGAAGACGUGCCUCUCGAUCGAUGAGCUCGUAAAAAGCGAGUCCAUAUAUCCAUAUAUAUACAUACAUAUAUAUAUAUAUAUAUAUAUAUAUAUAUACAUACAUAUAUAUAUAUAUAUAUAUAUAUAUACACAUAUAUAUAUAUAGAAUUUCGCGCGAUGGCGCGCGUAUGUUCCUUCGAAGGGUCGAGAAGCGUCCCGCCCCCGCCCCCGCCCCCUCCCCCUCUCCCCCGACAAGUCGGAAAACUCGUUCGGAUACGAUACGUACAAAAGGAUAGUCAGGGCGGGGUGAAUCGUACGGAACGAGAGGGCCCGACGAGUUCGAUGGACGGGGAGAAGUGACAGGCAAGGAUGUUUUCUCUUUACUUUUUUUUUUCUCGUUUUUAUUAUUAUUAUUUUUAUUAUUAUUAUUAUUUUUUUUUUUCGUUCUCUUUCCCUCCUUCCCCCUGUUUUUUCUUGCCAACGGGAAGACAGAAACAAUGGGCAACAACUCGUGUUUCAUCGGUGCUCGUUGACUUUCGAUUAGGAUCUUGAUGAUGAUGAUGAUGGUGGUGGUUGAAACGUGAAAAAUGAUUUUUUCGCGCAUUCUUCCUUAUUAUAGACAGGAACGGAAGCUAAAUAUGCGCUGAGCCAAAAGUGUCUGAUUCUUGGUGUCGAAUUUCGGAUAUUUUUUUUUUUUUUUUCUCUCCUCUCUGCUAGAAAAGCGUAACCAAAACGUUCUUAGUUCUGUUCCUCUAUCGUGCAAGUUCUCGAGAAAGUUUGUUCGUUCCUUCAAAGAAAAAGAUAUAUAUAUAUACUUUUCAUAUGUAUUUUUAUGGUUUCGUUCUUUUUUUUUUUUUUCCUUCUCAUUUGCGAGUAUUUUUCGUUUUUCUCUUCCUCUUUCUUCUCCUCCUCCUCCUGUUCCUUCUCUUUUCUUUUCUCUCUAGAUUAGUUGAUAAUUCUAGAAUAGAAUUCUAGAAGAAUAGAAUUCGUGAAUUCUAGAUGAUGUUUCUAGCGACACGCGUUUCUGUUGUACUCGUAGCCUUGUAACGCGCAAAGAACUGAUUAAUUAUAUUACACGUAUUAUACGGAAAGAAGUCGCAUCAGAGGAUACGUAGGAUACGAUGAAUUCAUUUGUUAUUUCGACAUACGUUCAUCGUUGAUUAAAACUCGAAAUGUAGUAGAGUGUAUAUAACGACGAAUUCGUAUGUAUAUAUGUGUGCACGAGUUUCCGCGCGAGAAGCGGAAGAAGAGGGCACGCGUCGCGUCGUUACUUCCUUCGUCGAGGGAUCCCGAUUUCGAAAAAAGUUGCAAGCUCGUCGGAACGCA